GAACGUUUUUUUCGCCCAGAAAAUCAAGGUUGAGUUUGCUUUGGAAAGCCCCUCACUGUUCGAAUGAGGAAACAAUGCAUAUUGGACUUCGUUGGAUUAUUAUUUUAAUUGUCAUUCUUAUUUGUGGUUUUAGCGAGUAUAUACCACUAGUAAAUGGGUUUAACAUCGAUUUAAAAUCUCCAUUACUCAAAACUGGACCAGAUGGUUCUAGUUUUGGUUUUUCUCUAUUGGGAUACACUCACUUUUCAGGACAGAAAGGUGUGGUCAUAGGAUCUCCCACAGAAGGAAACAACGGUGGACUGUUUUGGUGUCCACUUUUGAGAAGCACGUGUAGUCGAAUCGAUAUUGAUCUAGAAAAAGAGACUCAUAUGCAACCUGGACUAAAUGGAGCACUCUUAGGAUAUUCAAUGUCUUCAGCAUUUAAUAACAGCCGAGGACCAAUUACUCUCUUUUUUUACAUCAUCAAACAGUUCAAAAGUAAUGCAUAUCGUUAGGAACGUGAUGUAUAUGAACUACAAAACACCUGUUUGUGCACCUCGUCUUUCAUGGUCAUCAGCAGCAUCUGUUUAUUUACCUGGUGGUUGCUUUGAAUUUAAUGAACGUUUAGAAGAGCCUCAAUUAAAUCCUGCACCAAGUGCAAUUUGUUUAAAUGUUAAGGAUUCUGAUAAAUCAAUUGAUCUGAGAUAUUGUACAUUUGGUGCAUCAGUUAAUCAACAUCCUAAUAGGCCAAAACAAUUAUUUAUGGGUGGUCCACAUUUUUAUUUUGAGAAAGGCGUUGGGGCUUCAGUGAAUACGAACACCUUUGAACGAGUGAUUACUUCAGUUGAAGAUAUUCCUUCAAAUACACUUCUUGGUUCAUCUCUUGACACUACCGAUCGAUUGUAUGCACCAUUACCGGGAUUGAAAUCACAUGAAUUGUAUGUGGCUUAUGGUGGUCCAGGUGUACCAAGUAGUGCUGUAAAUGGCUUCACUGAUAAAACAAAAUUUGGCACUGGAAUCGUAUUAAUAUUUCAAAGUAAUAAACAAAAUGGUAGAAACAAUAUCAAACCAUUAAUGAGAAUAGAAGGACAAAGUUUUGGCAGUCGAUUCGGUCAUUCACUUAUAUUUCUCGAUAUUAAUGGAGAUGGUUGGGAUGAUCUAAUUGUCGGUGCACCUUAUCAAUAUUCCAAUACGACUGUCGGUGGACAUAGAAGACACGGAGCAGUGUUUAUAUUUUUAAAUAGACAGUCAUAUUUCUAUACACCAGUGGAUGAAGUCAGUGGCGUGGAGUUGUUUAGUUAUAAUUAUCCUGAAACUUUUCAAAUAAUCACAUCUCCAUCUCAUAAUUGUGGUAAUUCACAUAUUCCUGGAUUUGGAGCGACAAUAACAAAACUUGGUGAUAUUAAUCACGAUGGUUUUCAAGACUUUGCUAUCGGUGCUCCUUAUGAAGACAACGGCGGUGCAGUCUAUAUAUACCAUGGAAGUAAAUCUGGAAAACUUCAAAAACCAACACAAAUAAUUUGUGCAAAUGAUUUGCAAAGUCCAAGACCAUUAGAAGGAUUCGGAUUUUCACUUGGAUUGAAUGGCGCUGACUUAGAUGAAAAUGGUUAUCCGGAUAUGGCGAUUGGAGCAGCUUUGUCUAGCUCUGUUGCAGUGUUACGAGCUAGACCUGUAGUCAAGCUAAGAGCAUAUUUAACAUUAAUGGAUGGUAGUACUAUUCUGCCUAGUUCAUUAAAUUCAUUGAUGGAUUGUACUCAUGAAGCUCAAUCGAUUACUGGAUAUAAAGCUCCGUCAGCUAAAUGUAUUGAUAUGAAAUUAAUUCUCACAUACACUAGUGUUGAUGGUAAAUCUUGUGAUCCGCAUAAAACGUAUCCAGUAUCAAUUUUAUUGAAAUAUAAUCCAACUAAUGAAUGGCUUUCAGAAGGUUGGGAUCAAACUUCACAAAAUUAUUCACCAAAUUACGAAAGUAAAUGCACCCACAAUCAAUAUUCAACUGUAAUUUCCAAAAAUAUUAUGAAAGAAUUUUAUAAAAAUUAUACUUUAUCACCAAUUGUCUUUAUACGAGAGAAAAGUUUAUCAAAUAGUGAAAUGAUUGUUAAAGAUUAUUUUAAACGUAAUGAAUCUGCUUAUUUGACGGGUUAUGAUAGUCCUGGGGGAUAUUUACAAUUAGAAAGUAAUGCUUUUUGUCGUGAUCUACACAAAAUAAAAGAGAAUAUACCAUUCAGUCAAGAUGAAUUAAAUUUAGCCAGUACAUUACGAAUAAUAUUUCGAGAUACAUAUUUGAUUGAUCAAACUGAUCGUUUAAAAAUUGGUGUCAAAUGGAUUGCUAAAAUGACUGAACCACAUCCAUUAGCUGAUCAAAUUGACGAGUAUCCUGUAGCUGAUCCACGUGCAAAUACUGAACUACUUCAGAUAUCUUUUGAUAAUCCCUGUGCAAUUCGACAAUGUUGCCCAACUGUAAGAGUUAGCUAUAAUGUGAAAGUAACCAGAGAUAAAAAUGGACCUGUUGUUUAUGUGGGUGAUGAUAAUAAUCAAACAAUUGAAUUAUCCGUUCGUGUAACAAAUAUUGGCAAUGAUUUAGUUUAUGCUACUGGAUUAGUCAGUAAUUUUCUACCAAAUUUAUUGGAACUUGAUUCAACUCUAAAAGAAGCCAGUUUAAUUCAACCGGAUACAGCAAUCUGUCAUCUUCAAUAUCCAUUAGCUUCUGGUGAAUCAAGUGAAUGUAUGAUACGAUGGCUUGUAAUCGGACAUCAGUUAACUGUACAAAUGGCUAAAUUUCAUGUAAAUAGUACUGUGUUAAUAAGUUCUAAUAAUCCCAUACAAGUUGAAGGACAAUUGACUAAUGAAUUACAAGUAAAUAUUAAAAUGAUUGUCAAUGUUUCAGUAUUUGGAACAACUGAACCGAGUACGAUUUACUUUAGUGGGAAUGUUAGUGACGGGAUUAGUUCAAUGUCAGCAGAAAAUCAGAUUGGUGACGUUAGAAUUGUUGGGAAAUUUACUGUACGAAAUUUACGUAAACAUAGUUUAAUACCAGCAUCACGUCUGAUCAUUGAUUGGCCUUUUGAAAUCGCUGGGCUUAUCAAUGAACCACAUGGAAAAUAUCUUCUCUAUUUGCUUGAAAAUCCUUACGUAACUCAACAUGCGCUUCCAAUUCCUGGUCAAACAUUGGACAAUGAAACUAGUGUUGUUUGUGAUUCGAAGGCAUUACAGAAAGUUGUUAAUCCACAUAAGUUCCGAAUAUUUUCUAGAUUAAGAAAAUCAAAUGAUGGUGUACCUGUACGAACUGCGCCAAUUAAUAUCCCCUCAGACAACCCUUCUCCGUAUCCCCCACUAUCAGACAAAAUGACCUUGGAACCAGUUCCCGAUCGUUUGACAGAUUCAAAGAAAUUAGUUGAUCGAAAAAUGACUACAAUUAGUUGUUAUAAUGGACGUAUACGAUGUGUACCAAUUAUUUGUGAUUUAGGCAAGUUAUCCUAUAAAGCUGGACCAAUUACACUUGAAUUUAUCGCUAGACUCUGGGAAAAUACAAUGCGCGAAGACUUUUUAAAAGUAUUUUUAACUAAACUACAUUUGACUGCAACAUGGAAAGCUGAUGUUAAAUAUGGCAUAGACCUUGGCGGUUCGGAUUAUGCACAAGAUACAAUUGAAGUUCAUAUAUUUAAUAAUUUAGAGCAAAAACCAAUCCCUCCAAAAUAUAUGGCAUUAUACAUAGGAUUAGCCGUAUUUGGAGGUUUAUUACUGUUAUCCAUUCUAGUUAUUAUACUUUAUAAAGUAAGUUGACUAUCAAUAUAUUCAUAAUAUUUGUAAAAUAAUAAAAAUAUUCACUAUGAAGUUGUGGAGAUUGUUAAAUUCAAUUUAAAUCAUGAACCAAUUCGGUCCAACCAUCAGUGGAGCUAAACGUAUCUCGUGAGGCAGCUACCCACCGAAACGAAUGGAAGAUGGUUGCGCAUUGCCCUGGAUUGAUUGAAGUUAGACACUAACACCGUUGGAUUCCGGCCCAGUGGUCUACGGGUUAGGAGUUCACGCGUGAGCCCAGAAGUCCUGGGUUCGAGUCCCGUGUGCUAGAUCGUGGAUGUGCACCGUUGAGAAGUUCCUUACCAGGAUGAAAUGGCAUUCUUUUUCUAGUAUUAUUUUUAAAAUCAUUAUUUGUUGAUUACAGCAUAUGAUACAUGCAUGAUUUUGGUUGAUAAACUGAUUUCCCCUUAAUUGGAAUUAUGAACCAUUAGAGCUAGGAAAGAGAAAACAUAAUGAAUUUCGACGACAACAAUCAUCCCAACAGUUAACGUAAUUCAGCUGUCAAAAAGCAGAUUUCAUUCGAUUUCAACUUAAUUACUAGUAAAUUUUAGACUAAAUGAUUUGAUCAAGGACUUUUAAUUUUUGUUUAAAUAUUCAGGGAAAUCUAUUGUGAGUUAAAUAUCAUCUUACACUGGCAACUAAUAGGCAAUAAUCAUUUCUAUCUGUAAUAUCAAUAAAUCUUAGGUAAACGGUAAAGUGGAAACCACUUCAAAGAAUAAAUCUUGUUCAGUUUAUGCUUGUUAACAAUGAAGUGUUUAUUACCGUGGCUCUAAAAAAGGCCACCCCUAAAAUACACGUGGGAAUCGCAUAAAAAGCCUUAAAUAAAAGUAUUCUAACAAAGAAUCCAUAGGUGAUUAGGAUUCAUUUACCAAAAAGAUCUGGAUAAAAUAUAAACAAAUGAAAUUUAGGAAUUUCAAUGAUUAACUCUACCUUGAUCAAAUCAAAACUAUCCUCAUUUGUUAGGAAUAGAGAUGACUAACAAGAAUAAAAACGUAUAAGUGUUGUCAUUAAUAACAGACAAUACGAAGUUAAACAUUAAACAAGGUUGGUCCUCAUCCCACCUGAAAAUAUUAAACAAACAGUUAAUGAUGUCAUCCGAAUAAACUUUUAGCUUUCGACCUAUCCAUAACAACUAAAUAGCUUAUUUUUAUUUACAAAUCUAGUAUACAGAUAAUGUGAAUUUGAUUAACUUAAUAUUAACUUGCAUUAUUUUAGGCCGGUUUCUUUAAACGUAAACGUUUCAUGCGAAGACGAACAAAAGUACCGCCUACAGAACCGACCCAAAGACUUGGUCAAUACACUUCAACUGAACCAAAGCAAAGACAACGGUUGAUUUCACCAACUCAAACAACCUAUCAUGACAAUAGAAAAGUCAAUUCAAAACGAACAAAUUAUCAUCCAGUGCCUAACACACAAGAACCAGCCUAUCGUAGGACACCUUACUCACCUUCAUCUGACUUUCCUAUUUCACAUAAAUAGUAGACACUACAUACAAUGAUAAUUAUAGAUGUAGAUUUUUUUUAUUUUCUAAUUUACCAAUUGUCCUUUAUAGGUAAUUCAGAAAACGAUCAAUAAUUACAACGAUAUAUAUAUAUAUAUAUAUAUAUAUAUAUAUAUCGACUGCUGCUCCGAUAAUAUACACUACAACUAUAAAAUGUUCAAAUCCUAUCAUUUUACUCAGAAUACUUUUCUAUUUGCUCACAAUGUUUGUUUUCUCUUACCAACCUUUUUGUUACUCAAUAUUGCCAAUUAUCAAAUCAACGAAAUAAUUGCCAACUUUUUCUGAGAUGCUUUCUAUAUUACCUUUAUAUAUAUGUAUGCUAUUCAUCCGCACACACGCACAUACAUAUCUAGAUGCUGAGCACAAAUGAGGCUUGGCGAACUAAUUGUUUGAAUUUUUCAAAUUUGUAUCAAUUAAACUUACUACUGAUAGUAAUAACAGUAGUAUUAAUGAUGACAGUGAACUAACCUAUACUAGGACAUUUUCAGAUGACAUUUUUAUAUGUACAAAUAUCUGGAUACAGCGUCGAUAGUGAAUUUCCACAAAUAUCUUUUGUUUGGCUCGAUUUUUUUUAUAAAUCUUAUUUUUCGACGG